CAUGGGAGAAUCCUUCAAUGCAUCCAUGUGUCGAUUCCACGCGUCCCGUUUCUUAGUUCGGCGACCAACACCGCGCAAUCAGGCAUCACCCCAAGCCAGUCAUGCAGGCAGAAGGCAGGCAGGCAGGCGAAAUGACCCACACUAUGAUGAUGAAGGCCGACAAAUAGCUACAAAGCGGUUCCUCGCUUGACUGACUGACCCAAACAGCAAACAACCGUUUGGGUUUUUUUGUGGUGAGAAAUACCACCCACACGAACACACCGAGACAGCAGCCAGCCAUCGCCGACUGUGUGCACGGCUUGUGCACAUCUAAUCAGACCAGAGCUGGCACGCCCAUUGCAGCACCAUGUGUGUCAACACUCACACCAACACACACACCAACACACACACACAUGAAGAGUAGUGCGAAGAAAAAGGUCAUGGGUCGCACAACCACGCCGCAGCAGAUGAAAUCACCAGAAACUCUCUCUACGCAUAGCCGGCCAAUAGCACAGCAAAGAACGUCAGACGGGAAGGGCAAGCUACGCACGUACAUAUCUGCACAUGUCAUCCAUCAUUCAGUGGGCCAUCUUUCUCUCUCUCCCUCUCUCUGUGUCAGCCGCUCCAACACCUGUUUAACACGCCACACAGUACAGUCAAACCGCAAGCAAUGCACUCACUGCACGUCAACAUUCACCCCAGAACAGCCCACCCAUGAUCAAUCACCGCCCGGUCCAGUCAGAGCGAACGCCGGCACUCAAUCGCCGGCACCAGAGCCACUGUUGACCGGGGCGGCAGCACCGUAAGGCGGGACAUAUGGUGGCGGCUGUGGGCGUGGCCGGGGUGGCGGCGGGGGCCGCGGCUGCGGCGGUGGCUGUGGUGGCCUGCCAGUGUACACACGAUUGCGGCAGCAGGGGACCACCGGGCCCAGCCAUCCGCACAAGUACUGGGGACAGGAGCGCUGCAGCUCACGCCUCUCUCCUCCAGUCGCAUCAUCGGCAGCUGCACACAGCCAAGCCAGCCAGCACACACGCAGACACGUAAUAAAUGCAGUCACUGCGAGAGGACCACUCUGCUUCCCUCGCUCACCCUCACCGUCCGUGUCGAUGGCCUCCGUCGACAAAUUCACAGGCCCGCGGAGCGCCUGAAGAAACACACAGGGGACCCAGUGGGCGAUGAGUCAGGCCUUCAGUCGACUGGCCCUUUUCUCCUCCCUACCAUCGCAUUAGUGGCGGCAGCAGCUGGCGCCAUGGCCGCAUUGGUGCACAUGGCGCACACAACAGCAGCAACAAGCAGGAGGGCGCCAGUCAGAGGCAGCAGGACCUUCAUUGACAGACCUCGUCUCGCUUUGGCUGGGGAGAGAGAGAGGGAGCAAAGGGGCUGGUGCCGGAACAGAUCUGACGCGCAGAGGUAAGAUCUCGACCUCUACUCCGUCUUCGCGGUGCGUUCGGGAUGGCCUCUCUCUCUCUGCGGCCACAAACUCACGUUCGUGUGAGGCCAUGAGGCCCUCCGUGUGUUGCCUGGUGCUCCUGGGAUGUCAUUCCGCUCUUUUGGCCGCAGAC